CCCUUUCCCCUGCUUCGCUGCCAUUGUCUCUACUCUACCCUUGCCAAUUGGUGUCCCGGCGCUUCCGACCGUUUUACCCCUCCACACUCACCAUGCCGAUCCGCAACCCAUUCGCACGCCGGCCCGGCGUCGUCAGCCCACAGGACGAGAAUGUGCGACCCGGAUCUUCGUCCGCAGCAGACAUUGCGCAUCCGGGUUUCGAGCGCGUCGACACGGUGGGAUCCAAGGCCUCGUCGGCGUUGAGCAUCCGCAGCGGGCGAAGCCAGGAUACGGGCGAGUACAAGAUGAGCGUGGUCAAUGACAGCGGCGUCUAUCUUCCGCCAUCACCGACCGAGAAAGAAAAGUCAUGGCCCAGGCGAUACUUGGCCUCACGGACGUCAAUGGAGACGCAGAGUAGCCUCGGGGAGAUCGAGCACUUCCCCAUCUCUCGCGAAUCCUUCGAUUCAUACCGCCGGUCCUUUGACAUAUCCGCCCGCAGCCCCAUCAUCAUCACCGACCCCGCGCCCCGCCAAUCCCUCGACUCAGCCCGCUUCCCACGGCCCCCGCGCUCCGCCCUCGCCGAGCGCCGCUUCGAGCGCCGCGCGCCCCCCACGGCGGAGGAGGAGUUCGAGGACGUCGGCCUCAACGACGACGGCAACAGGCAACGGCAGCAGCACCACCACCACCAGCCGACCCCGCAACCGCCACCCGCGCCGAGGAGGAAGGGCUUUCUCUCCAAGUUCCACCCUGACUCCACCACCGUCCCAACAACGCAGGACUCCCCCUCGGCGACCCCGACAUCAGCACCACUUGCGCCCGCGCCUGCGGCGCCGGCCACACAGGCGGCCCCGCUGUCCAUGUCGCGGUUCCUGCCCGGCCGGAAGCGCGGCCACAGCGGCCAGGGCGCCCAAGAGCUUGGCGCCAUGCCGCCGGCGGCGGCGGCCGACGGCAUGCACCGGACGCCUGCCCCGGCGGUCGCGGAGGCGCAGGAGGUCAGAUCUUAAAAAAGAGAGAGCCCCGUCCCUCCCUUGCGCGUGGGACAUCUUUUUCCCCGCAAGUGUGUAUAUACAUAUAUAUUAGGCAUGUCGUUGUAUAAGCCCUUCUCUGUCGGGGAAGGUGGUCGAUAUUGCCGGCGUUAGGGGGGUGUCUGGGUUUUUAUUCUGGUGCGAUGGAUGGGGGGUGGGGGUGAUACACAGUCGCUCGCUAUGGAACGGAUGGAUGGCCUUGCGCUGAGAUUUUUUUUUG